AUGGAACAGGAGGUGCCUAUGACCUCGGCCUCCCUUACACCUGCUGCAGCGAAACAUGAGUCUGUGCUAGCCCACGACCCAUCAGUGGAACCUGGAGAUGGCAACACGGAGCGCAUCCUGGCUGGGGCACGGGCCAGCAGCAAGAGAACCUCCUUGAAAAGUUCCAGUAGAACCUCCUGGAAGAUCUCCAAGAACCCUACAGAUAGCAGAACACUCAUGAGUUCUCCUCAAGUCAAAUCCCAGGCAUCCCCCUCUGCACAGCAUCUACACACCAGAAGCUAUAGUAAACAGAGGCUCCGGCCCAAAACUCCUUCUGCAUGGCGUCAUCUCACCAGAGAAGAAGGAGAAGAAGGCCGGGAUGUCUCAGGUGCCAAGGAACCAGCAGUGGGGCAACAUCAAAGAGGGAGGACAGGAAGUCUCCUACAUCUUGCAAAGUCUACCCAGAAGGAGGCAGAAAGUGUCCAAGCCUACUCAGAUGGCAAAGAACCAGUAGCAGGGCAACAUCGACCGCUGGGGCCCAGGGUGCCUGGAUCUCCCCGAAAGACCACCAAGACCAGCCACAAGGAAGCGAGGGAAUUCCGGAAUGGCUUAAGUGCAAAGGAAUCCUUAGCAUCAAUAGGGCAAGACGUGAAAGCAGAGGGGAAGCUCUUUCAGGAGAAGAAAAGCAGCAUAAUCCCAAUUAACAUCAAACACAAGUUCGGGAGCAGCAUCGUGGAUGAGCUCGUCACCGAGGAGCAGGCGCGUCGUGCUCUGUGUGAGGCUGGACUGAUCGAGGGGCAGAAACGACUCAGCAACCGGGCCCCUAAGACACCAGAGAAUCCCAUGGCCACCACAUCCUUUGCUGAUUAUUAUGAACUGGGUUACAACCUGAGGUCAAACAUCUUCCAAGGUGGCCCAAUAGAGAGUAAGAGCCUGAUGAAGGAUUCCUAUACCCCAGAUGUGAUUCAAAGGGCAGUCAGAGACCCCAAGCACUGGCAUGGAAGGAAAACCGAUGACCUAGGACGAUGGCACCAGAAAAAUGCCCUAAACCUUAACCUGCAAAAAGCUUUGGAGCAGAAAUAUGGAGAGAAGACCAAAGGUACCAAAUCCUAG